AUGGAAGGGCAAGUUGGCCAGCUAGCGAAUCAAGUGGGGGAAAGAGAAAAAGGAAAGUUCCCAAGUCAACCGAUACCUAACCCAAAAGGGCAAUUUGUUAUUGGGAGUUCCUCUGCCUCAACUCAUGGUCAGGAGCAUAUGCAAGCCAUCACCACUUUGAGGUUAGGCAAACAAGUGGAUAAUCAAGUGGUCAUGCCUAAAGAGGCCACUGAGGCUGCAGAAGAGAAGGAAAACCAGGACAAGCUUGCAGAAGACACAAGACCCGACAUUGCCAUUCCGAUUGCUGAGGAUCCUUCCAGAAAGUAUAUACCCAAAGCUUCGUAUCCAGAAAGACUAAUAGCACCAAAGAAAGCUUUCAAGAGGAAGACGAAUGUCCCCAACUCUAUCUUAGGAGUUGGAUUUGGGGGCCAGUGUAAAUCUACUGCCAUAUUCAGUAUAUGUUCAGCUGGGAUUGGGAGAGUUGAAAUCCACUUCAAUUACACUUCAGUAAGGCGACAAAUUGUGAAGGUUCCAAGGGGAAUUAUUGAAGACGUGCUGAUCAAAGUUGAUAAGUUCUACUACCCUCUGGACUUCAUCAUCUUAAAUACAGAGACGGAAAAUGCAGAAAUUCAAGUUCCAAUCAUAUUAGGGCAGCCAUUUGAGUGUGAGGAGGUUAGAAGCACAUGCUUAAUUGAGGAGAUAGUAGAGAAAACUGUCAAUGAACCAUAUAUUGAAGACCCCUUAGGAGAAUGCCUGAUUGCACUGGGAAGUGACAUGAAACUGGACAUACUAUUGGAACAAGAUGACGCCUUGUUAGACUCAACUCCUAAGAUAGAGACGGAGACUGCAGAAAUUACUUUGACAUCAUCCCCUGAUCCAUCUUCAUUAGCAGUUGAGCUUGUCAAGCGGGAGUUGAAGCCUCUACCUGACACCCUGAAGUACAAGUAUCUAGAUCCUACAGAAUCUCUACCAGUGAUCAUUGUUGCCGGCCUAGAUAGUGAUUAG